AUGGACACUUUCUCCCAUGUUCCGCCGGGUUUCCGGUUUCAUCCUACCGACGAGGAGCUCGUUGAUUAUUACUUGAGGAAGAAGGUGGCAUCCAAGAAGAUUGACCUGGACGUCAUAAAGGACGUCGAUUUGUACAAAAUCGAGCCAUGGGAUCUCCAAGACAAGUGCAAGAUUGGCAUGGAGGAGCAGAACGACUGGUACUUCUUCAGCCACAAGGACAAGAAGUACCCGACGGGCACCCGCACCAACAGGGCGACGAGCGCCGGGUUCUGGAAGGCGACGGGGAGGGACAAGCCCAUCUACACAAACCACUGCCUUGUCGGAAUGAGGAAGACCCUCGUCUUCUACAAGGGCCGUGCGCCCAACGGUCAGAAGUCGAACUGGAUCAUGCACGAGUACCGCCUCGAGACGAACGAGAAUGGAGCCACGCCCGAGGAAGGAUGGGUGGUCUGCCGGGUGUUCAAGAAGCGAGUCGCGACGGUGCGGAGGAUGGCAGAUAUGAACUCGCCUUGCUGGUUCGACGACCAUGGCGCUGGAGGUGGGUUCAUGCCGGACCUCGACUCGCCGAGGCAGCUCGGGUACCAGCACCACCACCCCCAGAACUUGGCACCGUACCACAGCCAGCAGCAGCAGCAGUACCACUGCAAGCCGGAGCUGGAGUACCAUCACCUCCUGCCGCAGGAGGCCUUCAUGCAACAGCUUCCUCACCUGGAGAGCCCCAAGCCUACUACGGCCUACAUUGGCCACGGCAGCAGCGGCGGCAUCCUGUCGUCGACCAGCAAUCACCCCCUCGCGCAUGACGGGCCCUCCAGGUUCGCAGCGCAGCAACCGCCGAUGGACCAUGCGCUUUACACUGGUGAAUCGUCGGUCACCGACUGGAGGUACCUCGACAAGUUCGUCGCGUCUCAGCUGUUCAGCCAUGACGGUACCAAUCCCAAGGAGCAGGCCACUCACUCCAAUGCAGCAGUCCAGGUGUUUCAGGCAGAGAACAAGCAUGAAGAGGCCCUGGACUAUGCUUCGACAUCUGCCGGCCUAGGCUCGGCUCAUCUGUGGAAAUAG